CGGCCCCGCGGGCGCGGCUGCCGGGGUUUCCGUGUGCCCCAGGGGGGCUCCGGGCUGCGAGCCGCCGCCGAAAGGCUUUUGACAAAAAAACCUCUUGACCACCAAGGCCAGCCUCUUCCUGAAAGCCCCGCUCGCUCCGAUACAGGAAGUAGAGGGAGCGAGCGCCCCAGAGCGUGGCGGCCGCGGCGGCUGUGGCUUCCCGACUGCGCGCGGGGCUGGCGGCGGUAUCCGCGCGGGCCCUUCCCCAGGGCGGCGCCAGGGGCAUGCGGGCGCCCGGGGCUCCGCGGCCGGCGCCGCCCAGUGCCUGAGCCCCUGCGUUCACCGUCCCGGAGCUGCUGGCGGCAUGAUCCGACGCGCCGGGGCGCCCGAGUGCGCGGACCCCGCGGGUCCUAUUCCAGAUGUUGGCAAAGGAAAGGAACAGGAAGAGGAGGAGGAAGAUGGCGUGGGGCCUUGCCUGCCGGUCACCCCGAGGAACUGCCUUCCUCUCCGGGGCAUCAGCGUCCUGGAGAAGCUCGUCAAGACCUGCCCGGUGUGGCUGCAUCUGGGUCUGGGCCGGGCAGAGGCGACCAGGAUCCUGCACCGGGAGGCGGCCGGGACGUUCCUGGUCCGCCGGGACAGCAGCUUGAAGCACCUGGUGCUCUGUGUCCACUUCCCUUCCCCAAACGAGAGCUCAUCCGCGGUGCUGGAAUACACCAUUAAAGAAGAAAAAUCGAUAUUGUACCUGGAAGGCUCGGUUCUUGUGUUUGAGGACAUCUUCAGACUGAUCGCAUUCUACUGUGUCAGUAGAGAUUUACUGCCCUUCAAGCUGAGGCUGCCCCAGGCCAUCCUUGAAGCCAGCAGCUUCACAGACCUCAAGACCAUCUCCAACCUGGGCCUGGGCUUCUGGGACUCCUCGCUGAACCCCCGGCGAGGAGGUGGGAGCCCAGUGGAGGGCCCGAGAGACCCAGCCCCGGGAGCGCCCCCCGCCUCCAUUCUCAGGUCAUCUGCCCAUUACGAAAACUGCUCGUGUGAAAUCGAGCUGUCCUUAGGAAACGGCCGCCUGUGGUUUGUGAAUCCAAUCUUCAUCGAGGACUGCGGCAGCUCCCUGCCGGCUGACCAGCCACCCCCAGGAAGCUGCCCCUUGCGCCCGUCGCCUCCCACCUCCGACGCUACCUCACCCACCUCCAGGUGGGCCCCUCGCCGCCCAGCACCCCCUCCCCCGCCGCUCCCUCUCCAUCCCCCCGGCUCCAGCCGGCCUCCUCCCCCUGCCCUCGCUCCGGCCUGCCCUCUGCCCAGUUCUCCCUCGGCAGCUGCUACCCUGCCUCUGCAUCCGGAGGCCCCUCCUCCCUCACCCCCAGCAUCUGCCCCCCGCCUGGCACCCCACACCCCAGGCCCCCCGGAGCUUCCAAGCCAGCCACCCAUGACAGCCUGUGAGAGGCUCCCACGUCCCCUCGCAGGCCUGGGCCCCCACAGGGAGGACGAGGUGAAGCCGGGGGCAGCCCCCAGCCCCUUGCAGGCCCCCGUCCCUCCAGUGCCGACGAAGAAGAGCCUCCCCGCCGCCCCUCCCAGACGCCGCAUCACGGAGAAGGUCUCCCUGGAGGACCAGAGUGCAGGGAAGGCGCACAGGGGGGCGGCAGCAGAGGGGGAGCCGGUGGGUCUUUCCAGGGCAUCCCCGCUCCACCUGCCUCCCGAGGGGACCUCAGACAGCCCUGGGGACAGGCCUCAGAGAACCACAGAGCAAGGCCAGGAAGCAGUGGCCAAAGCCGGCAAUCUGGGCAGCCUGCCAGAGCCUCCGAGGAAGAUUCGACAACCCCCAGUCCCACCUCCCAGGAAGAAACGGCUCUCCCGGCAGCUGGCCUCGGUCCUCCCAAUUCCCCUGGAGACUGCCGAGCUUUCCAUGGACGGGGAGACCCCCGAGAACCCCACACCCGGUCCACCUGGAGAAGGCCAAGGUCCUGCCCCCACAGCUGGCACUCAGAGCCCGCAUGCCCGGGCCGGGGCCCGGCCCCAGAGCACCCCGGAGUUCAAGGGCUCCCUGGCCUCCCUCUCAGACAGCUUGGGAGUGCCCUCCUCGGCCACAGACCAGGACUCCUACUCGACCAGCAGCACGGAGGAGGAGCUGGAGCAGUUCAGCAGCCCCGGCAUGAAGAAGAAGUCGUCGAUGAUCCUGGGCAAGGCCCGCCACCGCCUGAGCUUCGUGAGCUUCACCAGCGUCUUCAGUGCCUUCCUCUCCAACAACCGCAAGCUGUACAAGAAGGUGGUGGAGCUGGCCCAGGACAAGGCCUCGUACUUCGGCAACCUGGUGCAGGACUACAAAGUGUACAGCCUGGAGAUGAUGGCGCACCAGACCUCCAGUAUGGAGAUGCUGCAGGAAAUCCGCACCAUGAUGACCCAGCUCAAGAGCUACCUGCUGCAGAGCACCGAGCUCAAGGCCCUGGUGGACCCUGCCCUGCACUCCGAGGAGGAGCUAGAAGCCAUUGUGGAGUCUGCCUUGUACAAGUGUGUCCUGAAGCCCCUGAAGGAAGCCAUCAACUCAUGCCUGCGUGAGAUCCACAGCAAGGACGGCUCACUGCAGCAGCUCAAGGAGAACCAGCUGGUGAUCCUAGCCACCACGACCACCGACCUGGGCGUGACCACUAGCGUGCCGGAGGUGCCCGUCAUGGAGAAGAUCCUGCAGAAGUUUGCCAGCAUGCACAAGGCCUACUCGCCCGAGAAGAAGAUCUCCACCCUGCUCAAGACCUGUAAGCUCAUCUACGACUCCAUGGCCCUCGGCAACCCAGGUUCCUACUAUCUGACCACCACCUACGGGGCCCUGGAGCACAUCAAGAACUACGACAAGAUCACGGUGACCCGGCAGCUGAGCGUGGAGGUGCAGGACUCCAUCCACCGCUGGGAGCGCCGGCGCACGCUCAACAAGGCCCGGGCCUCCCGCUCCUCCGUGCAGGACUUCAUCUCCGUGUCGUACCUGGAGCCCGAGCAGCAGUCGCGGACGCUGGCGUCGCGGGCGGACACGCUGGCCGAGGCGCUGUGCGCUCAGUGCGCGGAGAAGUUCGAGGUGGUGCAGCCCCAGGACCACCGGCUCUUCGUGCUGGUGGACGGGCGCUGCUUCCAGCUGGCCGACGAGGCGCUGCCGCACCGCAUCAAGGGCUACCUGCUGCGGAGCGAGCCCAAGCGCGACUUCCACUUCGUGUACCGGCCCCUGGACGGCAGCGGGGGCAGCGGGGGCCCGCCCUGCCUCGUGGUGCGGGAGCCCAACUUCUUGUGAGGCCGGGGCUGCAGCCGCUCCAAAGAAAGUGUUCACCCAGGCGGCGAAGCCGUCAGAAGACCCGGCCCGCGCCCUCACCCCACACACUCACACUCAGCCGCAACCACACACGCGCGCACACACACACACGCACACACUCUCCCAACAGGGAUGCCCACACGUCACACGUGCUCACAACCCACUGAGCGCGCGUAGACCAACGUGGCACUUAAGCAACGUGAUCAGUGGCCCCCAGCGUGCUUCCUGAAGGAGAGUCAUAGCCCCCUAGAGGCCACGUUCUUCAUUAGGCAGAAAGGGAAACAGGCUCAGAGAGAGAAGGGACUCUCCAGCCCCCUGAAGCAAACAGAGCCCAAGCCCGGCCCCUGUUCACACACAGCCCCUCAGGCCAGUCCCUCUGCCCCUGACCCCCAUGCCCACCCGAUCCUCAGUCUUUCCCGGGGAGGGCUUCCCGUCUCCCCAGGACUGUCCUCAGGAGGAGUGGCCUGGCCCCAGCUGCUCCCACGCCCCUCUUCCCACAGGAUGGAGCUGGGAUGCUCUGGACCCUCCCAGCAUCUCAGGAGCAUCUCAGGGUGUGUGAGGAGACAGCCCUCCCGCGACCCCUGCAUAAGAGCCUGUGCUUGGCUCUCAGCACCCACAGCCCCGCCUCAGCUCCCAAGCCCCUCCAGGAGCAGCCAGACGUGCACUGCGACCUCCAAGUGAAGCCAGCUCCAUGGCUACGUGGGUGAGCGCAGCCUCGGCCACGGGGGACAUUGACUGGGCCGUUGCCUUGGGGGGCACCCCAGGGCUGUGGCACCUGUGGCAAGAGGCACUGUGUGGGGAGUGUUUAAUAAAAGCCCUUUUGAAAAGGCGUCUUCUUUUCUCGGGCUAGAGCUCUGCUCAGCCAGCCAGGCCCCCCAUGAACAGCCUAAUCCCCUUCCCAGGUGGAGUACAGAAGACCACCUCCUUUCCACCGAGGGCCCUAUGUUUUGACAGAAUCUGCAGCAUACGCUCAACCCUCAGGGCCCUGGCCCCUGUCUGCCCCUCAGCCUGGUCAUCUCCUGUCUCCUCCCCAACCAUGGUUCCCAUCAUUCCUGCCUCUGCCGCCUAGCCCAGGAAUACCGUUCCAUAUAGUCUUUGCGUGGUCAAACUCUUCUUUAUCCUUCAAAGCCCGUCUCCUCCCCCUGGAGAAAGUCAGCCUUCUCUGACUUCCUAGGCUGGCCAGAUGGUCCUUGUCCAUGUCUCCCAGCCCCCUCGGAUCAUCUCUCUCACAAGAGAUAGCUCAUCAAAUUGCAUUUGUCUAUUGAUAUUUCUGCUUUCUCCACCAAAUUUGGACCCUUCAUGUCU